AUGUUCAGCAAACUCAAGAAGAUCAUUGGGGGUCCGACUGUGGGUCCCACCCCAGCUCCAGCUCCAGCACCUGCUCCGGCCCCUGCACCAGCUCCUGCCCCAGCUCCUGCACCUGAAGAAAAACCUGCAGACAAGGAAAAUAAAGACAAGAAAGAUGAUAAAGGCCCUGCUCCAGCAGCAGCUCCAGAACCAGCAGCACCAGCUAAAGAACCAGAACCAGCAGCACCGGCUAAAGAACCAGAACCAGCAACACCGGCUAAAGAACCAGAACCAGCAGCACCUGCUAAAGAACCAGAACCAGCAGCACCAGCUCCAGCUAAAGAACCAGAACCAGCAGCACCAGCUGCAAAACCAGAGGAGACACCUGCAGAUCCAGCCAAUGACCAGCCACCUGAGGAGAGUAAGAAGCCCCGACCCAUUCUGAUAAGCGAGGAAGUUGAUACUCAUCUCAUAGAGAUGGUUCAGAAACUUCGACAGAGGACUGAACAGUUUAAAGAAAAGGUCAUCGAUCCAUACGCAUCUUCCCCAGAGCGAAGCCCACCAGUCACACCCGUCCUGAGAAAAGACGAUUACUAUAAGCUGGUGGAGGAGAGGAAACGUCAAGAAGAGGAGGAAAGGAUACGAAAAGAGGAGGAGAAGAAGAGGAAAGAGGAGGAGGCCAAGAAGAAGAAAGAAGAAGCGGAGAAAAAAAAGAAAGAGGAAGAAGAAAAGAAGAAGAAAGAGGAGGAGGAGAAGAAAAAAGAACAAGCGGGAAAGCCUGUGGAAAAGAAAGACGAUAAAACAGACGAGAAGAAGUCCAUCUUUUCAAAAGUUAACUACACCUGUGUGGAUUUUGUGUUGAAGCCUUUUGAGAAAAGAAUGGACGACAGAAUCGGCAAAUCCAUCGAUCCUUUCACAGACCGCAAGUAUAUCGCUUGGCUAAGCGUGGUGACCAUUGCCUUCAACUAUAACCUGUGGUUUGUCCCAGUGCGCAUGGCCUUCCCAUAUCAUAGCCCAGAGAUCGUCCCAGUGUGGUUCACCUUGGACAUUAUUGCUGAUUUCAUCUAUAUAUUCGACAUGAUCUUUUUCCAGCCGCGACUGCAGUUCAGUAAAGGGGGAGACAUCAUUUAUGACAGAGAUGUGAUCAAAAAGAAAUACCGUGAAUCUGGAAGAUUUCAGAAUGAUGUAGUAGCUGUCCUGCCUUUAGACCUGUUAUAUAUCCCAUUUGGAUUCAAGUCCGUCUUCAGACUCAAUCGUCUGAUGAAGGUGGAAUCAUUUUUUGAGUUCAGUGACCGUCUUGAAGGUCUCCUCACCAGGGCUUAUAUAUGGAGAGUGAUUCGCACUAUUGGAUACCUGUUGUUUAUUCUCCACCUCAACGCUUGUCUUUACUACGUGGCAUCAGUCUACCAAGGCAUCGGCUCCACCAAAUGGGUUUACAGCGGAAAGGGCAGCGCCUACCUGAGCAGUUUCUUCUAUGCGGAGAAAUCCCUCCUGAUGAUCGCAGAACUUCCUUUCCCCGAGACCAUGUUCGGUCAGAUCUUUCAGAUGACCAACUAUUUUGUUGGUGCCUUAUUUUUAUCCAUCAUUCUUGGCCAGAUGCGAGAUGUCAUUGGAGCUGCUACUGCCGGUCAGACCUACUUCCGUGCAUCUAUGGAUGCUUGUGUGGCAUAUAUGGUGACCAAUCACAUCCCUAAAAUGGUUCAAUCCAGAGUGCGCACCUGGUACAACUACACCUGGGACUCCCAGGGCAUGCUGGAUGAGUCUGAGCUGCUGGGACAGAUGCCUCUGGUGAUGAGAACCGCCAUCGCGGUGGACAUCAACCUCGCUACUUUCCAAAAGAUUGAACUCUUCAAGGGUUGUGACAACCAGAUGCUUGUGGACAUGUUAUUGAGAUUGAAAUCAAUUGUGUACUUGCCUGGAGACUUUGUGGUCAAGAAGGGUGACAUUGGGAAGGAAAUGUACAUAAUCAAAGCUGGAGAAGUGCAGGUCAUCGGUGGACCAGAUAACAAGAUUGUGUUUGUGACUCUGAAAGCAGGAUGUGUGUUUGGUGAAAUCAGUCUGCUUCAGUCUUCAGCCAAUGGAGGAAAUAGAAGAACGGCUAAUGUAGCGGCUCACGGAUUCGCCAAUCUUUUCGUUUUGGAUAAAAAGGAUCUCAAUGACAUCUUGAUUCACUAUCCUGAGUCUCAGAAAGUGCUGGCCAGGAAGGGACGUAAGCUGCUGAAAGCCAAGGGUCCUCCUCCAGCUGCGAAAGCCGAUGAGGAAAAGAAGAAAGGACUGGCUCUAUUUGGACAAAAACCUCCCACUCCAAAAAUGUUGCGUGCCUUUGCAGGAGGACCAUUCAGCAAAAAGGGAUUUCUGGAUAGACUUAAGAACGCCGCUUCAAAUCAGUAG